GUUUGGUUGCUAUUGCCAUUCCAGAUUUUAAGUCUGUUUUCUUUAUUUUGUUGUGUGACUUUGUAUCUUAGCACAUCGUAGUUUUAAUUUGUGAUGAAGACAACAUAAACUCAACUGAUCUGAGCUGCAGAAAGCUUAUCAUUACCAUUCUAUUGUUGGUGCGUCUGAAAAACUGCACACUCUAGCCACCUAUAUACAGAUCUUUAUGGUGAACAGCAUAGUUGACGACGAUGUGUCCACUUUACGACAUUGUCAAUCCAGCAUGGCUUCUGCAGUAGGAGAUUGGGAGGCUGAUGGUUCAACUGGGCUACUACCUGGAGAAAGUCAUGAUUGUGGAACAGAUCACAGGAAAGAGUGUGAAGCCCAGGGGUCCCAGUCUGACGAAGGGGAGCAGGAAAAGAAGCCCGUGUGUCUCAUAGUUCUGGGAAUGGCAGGAUCCGGCAAAACUACAUUUGUGCAGAGACUGACAGCUCAUCUGCACUAUAAGAAAUCCCCUCCCUACGUGAUAAACUUGGACCCUGCAGUACACGAGGUUCCAUUUCCAGCAAAUAUUGAUAUUCGGGACACGGUGAAUUAUAAAGAGGUGAUGAAGCAAUAUGGUCUGGGUCCAAAUGGAGGAAUUGUGACAUCCUUAAACCUUUUUUCUACUAGAUUUGAUCAGGUGAUUAAGUUUAUUGAGAAAAAGCAGAAGGAUUACAAAUAUGUUAUAAUUGACACUCCAGGGCAGAUUGAGGUGUUUACAUGGUCUGCAUCUGGCACAAUCAUCACAGAGGCUUUGGCAUCCUCAUUCCCUUGUGUAGUUGUCUAUGUGAUGGAUACCUCUCGAAGCACCAACCCUGUAACCUUCAUGUCAAACAUGCUGUAUGCUUGCAGCAUCCUCUACAAGACAAAGCUUCCUUUUAUUGUGGUGAUGAACAAGACAGACAUAAUUGAUCACAGCUUUGCAGUAGAGUGGAUGCAGGAUUUUGAAGUUUUUCAAGAUGCUCUAAACCAGGAAACCUCCUACGUCAGUAACCUAACUCGCUCCAUGAGCCUGGUUCUUGACGAGUUCUACAAUAGCCUCAGGGUGGUCGGUGUCUCUGCGGUUACAGGAAGUGGUUUGGAUGAAUUCUUCCAGAAGGUAGCAGAGGCUGCAAAGGAGUAUGAAAAGGAGUACAUGCCUGAAUAUGAACGGCUUCGCAAAAAAUUGGCUGAGACCCAGAGUAAGAAACAGGAAGAACAGCUAGAACGCCUGCGGAACGAUAUGGGAGCCGUUGCUAUGGAAACAACUGCACCCCCAGACUCCACAGAGACUGAAGGCCCCAGUGACUUUAUCUUGACCCGAGGGAAUCUAGACGAGGAAGAUGAGGAGGUUGACAGUGACACGGAUGAUAUUGAUCACAACAUUACUGAGGAAAGCAAAGAAGCCCCUGCAUUCCAGAGUUUUCUGAAAGGAAGGAAGCAGGUGGUCAUGGGGAGGAACAAGAAGCAGCACUGAUCAGAAACCAUGAUGAGAGGGGAGACAUUGUUCAAACUAGUUAUUGCCACAUUAAUAAAUAUUACUAAAGUACAUCACCUGUCUUCCUUGGUUUAUGUGCAGGGUCUUGCUAAGGUGACUAAUGCAGUAGUAUUCAUAAAUUCAUAAAUCUGGGGUGACGAGCUGCCAAACGGUUAUGUCAAGCAGAAAGAUUUGCAGCUAUUCUUUUAAGAAACUGGAAUUUCCUGAAAAAAAAAGAUUUUGAGCUGAAAGACCUAUUGAUUUGAUUUUGUUUUCACUGUCAGUUUAAACUGGACAGACUUGGUCUACCAUUACCUCAGCAUGAUAUGCAGAGUGCUGUCCUCAAAAGUUAAUCUGCUAGACCCAGCAUAGUGUCUAGGUGUGCUGUGCUAACUACAACCUUUUAAUUCUUUUAGUGUGUUGUCUUCAGAGAAGCUCUUUUUCUGGUUUUUGACUGGUUGAUGUGUGAAACCGAUGGAUGCUGAGACCACUGCUGGCUUUUGUAGCUGUUUGUUUUUUUCUUACCUUUUUUCUGAUUUAGUGCCCCCAGAGCCAGACUAACUUUACAAAUGCAAAAACUAUGUAUGUGUCUGUUUUAAGCAGUAAUACACAACAGGAUAUCCAGUCAUAUUGAGAUAUACAGACACCUUGAGUCUGCAUAUCUCCGACAAGAAGACGUCCUGUGUUACUGUGCUUAAAAAAUAAAUAAAUAAAUAAAUACCAGAGUGACUCCACUGUACAUUCAUAAUGAAAUAAUUACACAUGCAUAGAGUAUUGAGAGACAAUCGGAUCACUGGGAUUUUCCAAGCUGUUUUCUACAGCUAUGGCUAAAAGUUUUGCAUCAUCCUAUAAAAUUAACACAUUUUGCUUGAGUAGUUGAAUAUAGUUGAAUGAAACCUGCUAUCACAUUAACAAUGAAUUACAUACCGCUUUGUAGUUUUCCAUAUACGUAACGAAAAAGUGUCACAAAUCGAAUGAUGUGACAUUUUAAAAUCUAACAUGAAAUACUGCGCUACUAUUAUGGCUUCCGGUAGACGUUUGCAAUAUUAUUUUGUAGUUUCUUUUUCUACUCUAAAGUUAUAGGGGUUGCUGAACUUGUGGCCAUAGUUGUAAUCUAAUUCCUUUUCUAAAAUAUCUCAAGCCAGAUGGUAUUAAUUAUAAUUUAAGGAAAUCUAUUUGUUGUAAAAUAAGAUUUGUCAAUCAGCCCAGUUCCCAAAUGUCCCAUAUGUAAACAGUACUAUAAGUGAGCCAUUUGAAUUAAAAUUAUAAAUAAGUUGUUCUUUUGGGGGUGUACUAUAAAUAUAGCAGUCUGGGUCUAGGCGUACAAUAUUAUUAAAGGAAACUUUAUGACACAGUGAGUAUUCAGAUUAUUAAUACAAAAUUGCAUUCCUUGCUGAGAGAAGAAAACACUGGGUUCUGCCUUGAUAAGUGUGAUCAGGCUAAAAUAAAGUUAAGAAAUAAACAGCUAAGAAUAAAUACUUUUUAUUUACAGUUAUUGCUUGUCUUUUAUUGAGGGGAUAAGUUUUAUUCUGUGUAAAACUCGCCAAACUAGUCCCGUCUCACACAAACCACUUUUGCGAGUUGUUUGCGAGAUCUGAAUUAAAUGUUGAUAAACUGUCUGUCUUAUUCUUUUCAA